UCGAGAUAUAAAAACCAGACCUGCAAAAUUUCUCCAUUCUCUUCUACACUGUCUCUUCGCUCACCCUGCACUAGUUUUUUUCCUCCUUAACUCUGUCAGUACAAUCAAACUCUCAUUUGCCAGUGUUUCGUGAUCCUUUCAAAAAAUGCUUAUGCAGCUGCCUCGCUUAACGAACUCUCUGAGAGAGCCAUUCGAUAUCGACCAAGCCUAUCUCCAGCGCAAGAUCAUCCUCCAGAACUACCACCUCAAGCCUCGCAAUAAUGCAAAUUCACUUAACGAAUCGGAGCUCGCAAGGAAGAUAGUUGAUCGAUGGGAAGAAGCCUCAACAGAAGUGAGACAAGCUUACAAGCAGUUUAUAGGGGCAGUAGUGGAGUUAGUUGAUGGAGAAGUGCCUUCUGAGGAGUUCCGUGAGGUGGCGCUCACUGCUUAUCGCCUUUUCGCGGGACCAGGCCCGGGAGAGGAGGAUAUUGUUCGUUCCAAUUUUCUCAAUAACAAAUCAGAAUUGCAGAAAAUUAUUGGUCAUGCAUUUUCAGAUGCUAAACUCCAAAAAGUUGCCACCCUAGCUCAGAGGCUUUACAAUUUGCAACCAACCAACUCUGGGGCUGCACUUGUUCCAGAGAGCCAUGUAAAUGGGACUGGCGAUGAUAUAGAGUUUGGUGCGGACCUUGUUUUCCAAGCUCCAGCUAGGUUUCUAGUGGAUAUUACUUUGGAGGAUGGGGAAUUGUUGGGUGAUGAAACUGCUGGACCUUCUUCAUUUCGGGAAGGAUGGUAUGAUAAUAGUGACUAUGACCGUAAUCAUUUUGUUGCUAAGGGUGGGACAUUUGAUUUAAGUUGGUUGAAAGAUGCAUGUGAUCAUAUAGUUAGAGAAAGUACUUCGCAGCUUUCCCGAGAUGAUCUAGCAAUGGCUAUAUGCCGCGUACUUGAUUCAGAUAAGCCUGGUGAGGAGAUAGCUAGUGAGUUGUUGGAUCUUGUUGGGGAUAGUGCAUUUGACACUGUUCAAGAUCUUAUAUCGCAUCGCAGUGAACUUGUUGAUGCUAUCCAUCGUGGUUUAGCCAUACUGAAAUCAGACAAAAUGGCUUCAAGCACCCAAUCACGUAUGCCAAGUUAUGGCACCCAGGUUACUGUCCAAACAGAAUCUGAAAAGCAAAUUGAUAAACUUCGUCGUAAGGAGGAAAAGCGACAUAGACGUGGAACAGAACACAUAGCUGAGAAUGAUGCAUUAGCUGCAAGAUUUUCUUCUUUACUUCAAGCAAGUGAGAGGAAAAAACCAAUUGAUGAUCUAAUUGGGUCUGGCUCAGGGCCCCAGUCAUUGUCAGUAACUGCUCUUCCUCAAGGUACUACCAGGAAACAUCACAAGGGCUAUGAGGAAGUUAUUAUCCCUUCAACACCAACUGCACAACUGAAACCUGGAGAGAAGCUGAUUGAGAUUAAGGAGCUGGAUGAUUUUGCUCAAGCUGCUUUUCAUGGAUACAAAUCCCUGAACCGUAUCCAGAGCCGAAUAUUUCAAACUGUUUAUUAUACUAAUGAGAAUAUACUUGUUUGUGCGCCAACAGGAGCUGGCAAAACAAAUAUAGCCAUGAUAUCUAUUUUGCAUGAGAUUGGACAACACUUCAGGGAUGGUUACUUGCACAAAGAUGAAUUCAAGAUAGUUUAUGUUGCUCCUAUGAAGGCAUUAGCUGCGGAGGUCACAUCAACAUUUAGUCAUCGUUUAUCUCCGCUGAAUAUGGUUGUGAGAGAACUUACAGGGGACAUGCAGCUGUCUAAGAAUGAACUUGAAGAAACUCAGAUGAUAGUCACAACACCUGAGAAAUGGGAUGUCAUUACUCGUAAAAGCAGUGACAUGUCGCUUUCCAUGUUGGUGAAGCUCCUAAUUAUUGAUGAAGUGCAUCUUUUAAAUGAUGAUAGAGGCCCUGUGAUAGAGGCACUUGUUGCAAGGACACUGCGCCAGGUGGAAUCAACACAGAUGAUGAUACGCAUUGUGGGACUUUCGGCCACUUUACCCAAUUACUUGGAGGUUGCUCAAUUUCUUAGGGUGAAUCCGGAGGCUGGCCUCUUCUUCUUUGACUCUAGUUAUCGUCCCGUGCCUCUUGCACAACAGUAUAUUGGAAUCAGUGAGCAGAACUUUGCAGCCCGCAAUGACUUGUUGAAUGAUAUAUGUUACAAGAAGGUUGUUGAUUCACUGAGACAAGGUCAUCAAGUUAUGGUUUUUGUUCACUCGCGAAAGGAUACGGCAAAAACAGCUGAUAAACUUGUUGAGCUUGCUCGAAACUAUGAUGAUUUGGAGCUCUUUAAAAAUGAUGCCCAUCCACAGUUUUCCUUAGUUAAGAAAGAGGUUGUUAAGUCCAGAAACAAAGAUGUUGUUCAACUUUUUGAAUCAGCUGUUGGCAUUCAUCAUGCUGGGAUGUUACGUGCUGAUAGGGUUUUGACAGAGCGGCUUUUCUCUGAUGGGCUCUUGAAGGUACUUGUUUGCACAGCAACUUUGGCAUGGGGUGUAAAUCUGCCAGCUCACACUGUUGUAAUUAAGGGGACGCAAUUAUAUGAUCCAAAAGCUGGUGGGUGGCGAGACCUAGGCAUGCUUGAUGUUAUGCAGAUCUUUGGAAGGGCUGGGAGACCUCAAUUUGACAAGAGUGGUGAAGGCAUUAUAAUUACAUCUCAUGACAAGCUGGCCUACUAUCUAAGAUUGCUGACAAGUCAACUCCCCAUAGAAAGUCAGUUUAUUAGCUCAUUAAAAGAUAAUUUAAACGCAGAGGUGGCAUUGGGUACCGUCACUAAUGUCAAGGAAGCUUGCGCUUGGCUUGGGUAUACUUAUCUUUUUAUCAGGAUGAGGCAGAAUCCUUUGGCAUAUGGCAUUGGAUGGGAUGAGGUCAUUGCGGAUCCUUCUUUGAGUUUAAAGCAAAGAGGUCUUAUAACAGAUGCUGCACGUGCUCUUGAUAAAGCUAAAAUGAUGCGGUUUGAUGAGAAAAGUGGCAACUUUUAUUGUACAGAGCUUGGCCGCAUAGCUAGCCACUUUUAUAUCCAAUAUUCUAGUGUUGAAACUUACAAUGAGAUGUUGAGACCUCACAUGAAUGAUAGUGAGAUUAUCAACAUGGUUGCCCAUUCCUCUGAGUUUGAGAAUAUUGUUGUCCGAGAGGAGGAGCAGAAUGAGCUUGAGAUGAUGUUGCGUAUGUCAUGUCCUCUAGAAGUUAGGGGUGGUCCUUCAAAUAAACAUGGAAAAAUCUCAAUUCUCAUUCAGUUGUAUAUAUCUCGUGGCUCGAUUGAUACUUUCUCAUUAGUCUCUGACGCUGCCUAUAUAAGUGCAAGCUUGGCUCGUAUCAUGCGUGCAUUGUUUGAGAUCUGUUUGUGCAAAGGCUGGAGUGAGAUGUGUUUGUUCAUGUUAGAGUAUUGUAAAGCUGUAGAUCGCCAAAUUUGGCCUCAUCAACAUCCCCUUAGACAAUUUGACAAAGAUCUCUCAACAGAAAUAUUAAGGAAGCUUGAAGAACGAGGAGCUGAUUUAGAUCGUCUACAGGAGAUGGAGGAAAAAGAUAUUGGAGCACUUAUUCGUUAUCCUCAUGGAGGGAAGUUGGUCAAGCAAUAUUUAGGAUAUUUUUUGUGGAUCCAGUUGUCGGCAACUGUAAGUCCAAUCACCAGAACUGUUUUGAAGGUGGAUUUGCUCAUAACUCCUGAUUUUAUAUGGAAAGAUCGAUUCCAUGGUGCUGCCCAGCGUUGGUGGAUUCUUGUUGAGGAUUCUGAGAAUGAUCACAUCUAUCAUUCUGAGCUUUUCACUUUGACCAAGCGCAUGGCACGAGGAGAGCCUCAGAAACUCACCUUUACUGUCCCGAUUUUUGAACCACAUCCACCACAAUACUUCAUUCAUGCUGUUUCCGACUCUUGGCUGCACGCGGAAGCUUUGUACACUAUUUCAUUCCAUAAUCUAGCACUGCCAGAGGCUCGUACUAUGCACACAGAACUUCUAGAUUUGAAACCACUCCCUGUGACCUCUCUGGGAAACAAUGCAUACGAAUCCUUGUACAAGUUUUCACAUUUUAACCCUAUACAGACACAGAUAUUUCAUGUCCUCUAUCAUACGGACAACAAUGUUCUAUUAGGAGCUCCCACUGGAAGUGGGAAAACUAUUUCUGCAGAACUGGCCAUGCUUCGUCUUUUCAAUACUCAGCCUGAUAUGAAGGUCAUCUACAUAGCACCUUUGAAGGCCAUUGUACGAGAGAGAAUGAAUGAUUGGAGAAAGGGUCUUGUCUCUCAGCUUGGGAAACAGAUGGUGGAAAUGACUGGAGAUUAUACUCCUGAUUUGAUGGCCCUCUUGUCAGCAGAUAUCAUUAUAUCUACCCCUGAAAAGUGGGAUGGUAUCAGUCGUAAUUGGCAUAGUCGAAGCUAUGUGACAAAGGUUGGGCUUAUGAUUUUGGAUGAGAUUCACUUAUUGGGAGCUGACCGUGGACCAAUCCUUGAGGUUAUUGUAUCAAGGAUGCGAUAUAUAUCAUCCCAAACAGAGCGGGCAGUACGUUUUGUAGGUCUUUCUACAGCUUUGGCUAAUGCUGGUGAUUUAGCUGAUUGGCUGGGGGUUGGUGAAAUUGGACUCUUCAAUUUUAAGCCAAGCGUGAGGCCUGUGCCGCUGGAAGUGCAUAUCCAGGGAUAUCCUGGAAAGUACUACUGCCCCAGAAUGAAUAGCAUGAACAAACCAGCUUAUGCUGCAAUAUGCACGCAUUCACCUACAAAACCAGUACUCAUAUUUGUAUCAUCUCGUCGCCAGACAAGGCUUACUGCGCUUGACCUUAUUCAGUUUGCAGCUGCUGAUGAGCAUCCAAGGCAGUUUUUGAGUAUGACAGAGGAAGCACUUCAGAUGGUUCUUUCCCAGGUCACUGAUCAGAAUCUGAGGCACACCUUACAGUUUGGAAUUGGUUUACACCAUGCAGGAUUAAAUGACAAAGACAGAUCUCUGGUUGAGGAACUUUUUGCAAACAACAAGAUCCAGGUGUUGGUAUGUACAAGCACGCUCGCUUGGGGUGUGAAUCUUCCUGCUCAUCUGGUUAUUAUCAAGGGAACAGAAUAUUAUGAUGGGAAGUCAAGGAGAUAUGUUGAUUUUCCUAUCACCGAUAUCUUGCAAAUGAUGGGCCGUGCAGGCCGCCCACAAUAUGAUCAGCAUGGGAAAGCAGUCAUUCUUGUUCAUGAACCCAAAAAGAGCUUCUAUAAAAAGUUUCUGUAUGAACCAUUUCCUGUUGAGAGUAGUCUGAAGGAGCAGUUACAUGAUCACUUCAAUGCAGAGAUUGUUACUGGUACAAUUUGCCAUAAAGAGGAUGCAGUGCAUUAUCUUACGUGGACAUACUUAUUCCGUAGAGUGAUGGUUAAUCCAGCCUACUAUGGUCUAGAGAAUGCAGAACCCGAAAAUCUGAGUUCUUAUUUGUCCAGUUUAGUGCAAAAUACAUUUGAGGAUCUUGAAGACAGUGGAUGCCUUAAGAUGAAUGAAGAUAAUGUGGAGUCUACAAUGUUGGGCAUGAUAGCAUCGCAGUAUUACCUUAGUUACAUGACUGUAUCAAUGUUUGGGUCAAAUAUAGGGCCAGAUACAUCUCUUGAAGUUUUUUUACAUAUUCUAUCUGGUGCAUUUGAAUAUGAUGAACUUCCUGUGCGGCACAAUGAGGAAAAUUAUAAUGAAGCACUGUCUCAGAGAGUUCUUUAUAUGGUGGACAAGAAUCACUUAGAUGAUCCACACGUCAAAGCAAAUCUGCUAUUUCAGGCACAUUUUUCCCAGUUAGAGUUGCCAAUCAGUGACUAUGUAACAGAUUUGAAAUCGGUGUUGGAUCAAAGUAUACGCAUUAUACAGGCGAUGAUAGAUAUUUGUGCGAACAGUGGAUGGCUUUUAAGCUCAAUUACUUGCAUGCAUCUUCUGCAAAUGGUCAUGCAGGGUUUGUGGUUUGAUAAAGAUUCUGCCCUGUGGAUGUUGCCAUGCAUGAAUUCUGAUCUUGCCACAUUAUUAAGCAAAAAAGGAAUCUCUACUGUGCAGCAUCUUCUGGCUCUUCCUAGGGCAACUUUGCAGGCUAUGGUUGGAAAUACUCUGGCGUCAAAAUUAUAUCAGGAUCUGCAGCAUUUUCCAUGCAUUAAGAUCAAGUUAAAACUUGAGCAAAGGGACACUGGCGAUGCAAAGUCUCUGACUCUGAAUAUCAAAUUGGAGAAAACCAAUUCCAGGAAAAGCACGUCAAGGGCUUUUGUUCCUCGAUUCCCUAAGAUAAAAGAUGAAGCAUGGUGGUUAAUUCUGGGUAACACGUCUACCUCUGAACUAUAUGCUCUGAAGAGAGUAACUUUCUCUGAUCGCUUGGUUACUCAUAUGGAUAUACCAUCAUCAUUGACAACUUUCCAGGAGAUAAAGUUGAUGUUAGUUUCAGAUUGUUACCUCGGUUUUGAACAAGAACAUUGCAUUGAAGAACUAGUCAAAUCUCGGGGAAUGGAAACAGGAAUAUGAAGAAGAUAUACUGGGAUAAAAUACAUUCAUGCAAAUCCAAUUGUAUCCGCGGGAGGUCAUCAUAAAAGUGAACAUCCUUUGGGAGCAAUUGUUUGGUUCUAGCGUAGUGUUGUAUUUUAUGAAAUUUUGACAAAAAGGUCCUUGGAGACAGGAAACGACUACUCCGGGUAGAGCUUCGAUUGUAAAUAUUUUGUUGGGUCCUUCUUACUUGAUCCACGCAUAUUGAGCAGCCUCUCCUUUUAGUUCUGCUUGAUAAUGUAUCGAGCUGACACUUUGCCUUUCCUUGAACAGUAGACGGUUUUGUGUCGUGUAGAAGACUUGUUACGGCGCUUUCUCUCAUGUAUUGUGAGAAUCCUGCAACGAGGAAUCCACAAUAGCCUGUGAGGAGGGAGCAAACUACAAGCAUGGAUCAGUCCCUAUACGGUAUUAUCUGAUCUGAUUUGUCUAAUUAUUUUGUGUAGAGUAAAGGUCGUUGAUGUAGUUAUGCACAAGACCUGAAGCAUCUCUUCUGUCUGACCGGUCUUAAUUAUAUAAUGCUUAGUUAAUAUUCUUUUUAAAUCUAAAAUAAAUAAUUGGUUUGAUUCU